AUGGGAUUCCUAAAGAGCCCGAUAGACUUAUCCAAAUGGGAUCGAUAUGUAUAUACGGCUAUUUUGUUUGGAAGUGGCAUUUCCUAUUAUGUAUUAUUAACCGUUUCAUCGGCAGUAAUACCCCUUUCCCGCACCUAUGGGUGCUGGACUCUUAUUUGCGUUAACCUUCUCCUUUACUCACCGCUCAGACUGUCGGCUAAAAGUGCAACCAAUAUAUACUCGACAUCCAUAGCCAUCUACUCGGCCGGACUCGUCCUGAAUAUAUUCUAUCCGUACAAUAUUAUUGAUUCCGGGCCGGUAUUCAAUGGUAUGCCUAUGGGUGGCCAGUAUUUGCACGUGUCGGGGCUUUUGAGCCAUGUAUGCCGGGAUCGUGGCGUUCACUGA